UGGAGAUGGGGCGGGGCCGGCCGAGACGUGCGUCCUGAGGCACGGGAAGCCGGAGGCCGGCGUGGGCCGCGCCAGCUUGAGGAGUCCGGCUGGCGCCCGCCGAGAUUCCUCUGGGGCGCGAGACGGGAGGGCUCGGCUUCCCCGGGCGCGAGGCCGGGUCACAGUCCCCAGCCUCUGAGCGGCUCGGCCUCUCGGGCCGGAGCCCAGCGGCGAGCGCACGUCCCUGCGAACUGGGCCGGGCGACUCCUGGGGAGCCUCCGUUUCCUCUUCCCCCUGAAAGUGCAGAUGAUGCCCCCCGCCACGUGCCGAGGUCGGGAGUGGAGGGGAGGUGACCAGCGCUCGCAGGGCGGCGCCGGAGCUACGCUUCUCGCCCUGCAGGGUCCUGCUUCUCGCCGGCGUCUGGUGGCCCGGGCUGGGGGAGCCGCAGCGGGUGAGGGGCCAGUGCCGCCUCCGUGCGGGGGUCCUUAGCGUGCGCGGCCCCGAAUCCGUGGUUUCUGGAUCUCUGCUGUAUGGCCGGACAAGGGAAGGGGAAGAUACAAGACUUUUUGAUUCAUGAAGAAUCUUCUCACUGAGAAGUGUUUAUCAAACCACGGAUUGAAUUUCCAUCAGAAAGGGAUUAAGUGGACAAUGGAGAGGAAGGUUGACUCCAGGUCUUUUAGGGAUGGUGCAGUUAAGAAACCUUACUCUCCAAAGAUACUGUCCAACAAGAAGUCUUCUGCCUUCCUUGGGACCCGGAGUGAGUUACCUGGUGCCAGGCACCCAGUACAGUAUCAUCCCUCACGUGCCUGGAACCGAAGGGGCCGGUUAAGAGAAUUGCGUAUCAGAUGCGUGGCCAGAAAGUUCAUAUAUUUGUGGAUUCGAAUCACUUUUGGAAGAGUAUUUCCCUCUAAAGCCAGGUCUUACUAUGAGCAGAGAUUACUACGGAAGGUCUUUGAAGAGUGGAAGGAAGAAUGGUGGGUUUUCCAUCAUGAGUGGAAACUUCGUGUUCGAGCUGACUGUCACUACAGGUACUACUUGUACAACCUGAUGUUCCAGACCUGGAAGGCCUACGUGCAUCAGCAGCGGGAGAUGAGGAACAAGUACAUGAGAGCCGAGGGCCACGACGCAAAACAAAAGAUGCGGCAGGCCUGGAAGUCCUGGUUGAUCUACGUGGUUUUUCGUAGGACCAAACUUCAGAUGCAGACCACCGCCCUGGAGUUUAGGCAGCGGAGUAUUUUGUGGGUGUGGUGGCGCGAGUGGAGACAGCGCCUGGGACAGGUCCGGGUGGGCCGCGCUCUCCACGCCUCCGCUGUGAAGCACAGUGCCCGGAGCCUCCAGCUGCAGGCUUGGUCACGGUGGCAGGAACAGCUCCUGCAUGUCUGGAGGGAGAGACAGAAGGUGGUCUCCGCUGUGAAACACCACCAGCACUGGCAACAGCGGAGAGCCCUGAAGGCCUGGCUUGAGUAUCUGCAGGUGCGCAGAGUGAAGAGGCAGCGGAACGAGAUGGCCGAGCGAUUCCACCAUGUCACCGUGCUCCAGACACACUUCUGUGAUUGGCAGUGGGCUUGGGAGCGGAGGGAGAGCCUGCACGCCCACCACGCCCGGGUGGAGGGGCUGGCCAGGAGGAUGGUGCUGCGGAGGGCUCUUACUCACUGGAAACACUAUGUGCUGCUGUGUGCAGAGGACGCUGCCUGGCGAAAGGCGGCAGAAGAGCACCGACAGCACACCUUGCUGCGUUUUUGCUUUAGAGCCCUGAGAGACAAUGUGAGCUGUGCUCAUCUCCAACGAAUAAGAAGGAAUCUCGCUCAUCGGCAGCGUGAUGUCAUGCUCCUGCACAGGUUCUGGAACCUCUGGCAGUCUCGGGUUGAGCAGAGGGAGGACAGGAAGCAGCUCCCCUUACUGCAUGCUGCCUCAGACCACUGCAGAAUAUCAUUGCUACGCAAGUGUAUCAAAUUGUGGUUACAGCAUACUCAGAAGAGGCGGACACAGCAGGUGUUGCAGGCGAGAGCAGAUGGUCACUUCCAGCAGAGAGCCCUGCCGGCAGCCUUCCAGGCCUGGAGAAGACUCUGGCGGCGGCACCAGCAGGAGAGCGCCCUCAGUGCGAGAGCGGUGCGCUUCCACAGGGAGAGUUUAGAGAAGCAAGUGUUUGUUCUUUGGCGUCAGAAGAUGUUUCAGCAUCAAGAACACCGCUUGGCAGAGAGAUUGGCCAUCCUCCACCUGGAGCGGCAGCUUCUGCGGAGGUCCUGGUCCACAUGGCACCAGCAAGCGGCAGCAUGUCGCCUGGAGCUGCAGCAGCAGGCAGUGGCCUGUGCCCACCACCGGCUGGGGUGGCUGAGGAAGGCCUUCAGUGUCUGGAGGGAGCGCGCCCGAGGGCUCAGAACAGAGAGGAUGGGCAGAGCGCAGGCUGCGCAGUUCCAGUCAGCACAGCUCCUGCGUGGGGCCUGGAGCAGGUGGAAGGAGUGCCUGGCCCUGCGUGGCGCCGAGCGGCAGAAGCUGAUGCGAGCCGGCCUUCACCACCGGCACACCUUGCUGUCCAGGGCGCUACAGACCUGGGGGAUUUAUCAGAGCCACGUGCGGAGCAUCCUGCAAGAGGCAGCAGCCAGGGAGAGCCAGCACGAGAGGCGAGUGCUGCGGGAUGUGUUACAUCGCUGGAGAGAGAACGCCGUGGCCCAAGCAGAUGAAGCAAAGAAAGCGUCUCGAGCAGCGGCUCACUACAGAAGGACCCUGUGCUCCAAGGUCCUGACCGAGUGGCAGGAGGUGGCGUCAGUGCAGAUAUUCCACCGACAGCAGGAGGAGUGUGCCAUCAGGGAGGCCCAGGUGGUGCUGAGUAGGGGCUGUCUCAGGACCUGGUUUCGGCGCUGGCGGGACCGCAGCCAGAGGGCGGCCCAGCGGAGGGUCCGGCUGGAGAGGGCGGCGCAGCAUCACCACCGGCAGCUGCUGCUCCAGGCCCUGGCCCGGUGGAAGGUGCACCACCUGGGCUGCGUGAGGAAGCGGCUCCUGCAGAGGCAGGCCACCCGACUCCUGGCCCGGACACUCAGCCGGGCCUGCUUCCGCCAGUGGAGACAACAGCUGGUGUACAGGAGGCGGGAGCAACAGGACACGGCGCGAGCCCUGUGGUUCUGGGCCUUCUCACUACAGGCAAAGGUGUGGACCGCGUGGCUGGGCUUCGUGCUGGAGAGGAGGAGGAAGAAGGCGCGGCAGGAGCGGGCGGUGCAGGUCUACCACCAGCGGCUCCUCCGGGAGGGCAUCACGCGCCUCCUGCGAUUCGCAGCUGGCACGAAGGCCUUCCGGCAGCAGCUGCACGCCCAGCAGCAGGUGCAGGCGGCCCACAGUCUCCACCGUGCAGUCCGUCGCUGUGCCACGAUCUGGAAACAGAAGGCACUGGGCCCAGGCCGGGAGCCUCGGCCCCCCACAUCCACUGUGUCCAGCAGAAGAGUGACCUUUGAGGGUCCCCUUCCCAGCCAUGUUGCCGCUGGGGCUGGGGAUGCUUCCCUGGACAUCAAGAGGCCACCAACUCCUCAUGGGCCUCGGGGAGCUCCGGGCAGCCUGGCAUCGGCCGCCGGGGACCCCCAACUCCUGGAGCUCAAUGCUGCCCGCUGGGCGAGGAAGCAGCCUCGACGCCCAAACUUCCUGCUGGAGCCCCUGCAGAGCCAGACCCCCCUGGGGCACGGCACCCUCAGGGGACAGGGGCCUGAGGCACUGUGGGACCGUGGUCUCGGCGUGGUCCAGCCAGCAGGCCCUUGCUUGACGACGCCCUUCCUGGCAAAGGCCCGGACAGCCCUGGACCCAGGCAGCCCCCUGCCGAGUGCGCCUGGCCUGAAGCUGCCCGCUGUAGUGAGUGCAGGCUGGGAGCAGCUGCCCCCUCCCUCCUUCCUGUCCAGUGAGGCUGCAGCACCUGCCAGGGUGUCAGCACGACCAACGCCCCAGGCCUCUCCAUCCCUGGCUGGUGUCCCCAAACCCCAUCUGCUCCUUCCUGGGGACUUCACAGCCAGGCCUGGUGGCUGUGAUGCUGCGGGUGUGCACCUGAGGCCUGUUGGUGCCUCAAGCACUCGGGCCACUCCGGGCACCAGGGAUCCCUGGUUUCAUCCUGGGCCCAACAGGCAGGAUGGUGAAGAUCAAGCUUGUCUGUCUGUUGCCACCAGUCACUCCAGCCUGGAGGCUGAGCUGGAGGGCAUCCAGCAGCAACUACAGGACUACCAGACCAUGAAGCAGAACCUCAGGUCCUGCCAGCGGCAAGCAAGCAGCCUGAGGCGGUGGCUGGAGCUGAGCCGGGAGGAGUCCAGGCCCGAGGACCAGGAAGCGGAGCAGCAGGUGCAUGAAGAAUUGCAGGAGGUGGAGCUGCAGAUCCAACAGCUAGCCUCCGAGAUCCAGGCCCGGCGCCAGCCCAUCCGUGCCUGCAUUGCUCGCGUCCAGGCCCUGCGGCAGGCUCUGUGCUAGUCAUCACCCUGGGCCCACAUCCAGGAACAGAACGUAAAGCUGCAAUGAAUUUUUUUUAUUGCAAAAUGUUGCAAUUAAAUGAAUCACUGUUCAGAA